AUGACUUUCAUGCGUGUGGCUUCGCGGCGGCUGCCUCUCACAAAGCGACUGGCUCCUGGAUUUCAGUCACCGGUCCAACAACGAUUUGCUUCUGCAGCGGCAGGGACGCAAACAUCCAAUGCUCCUCAGGAUGUGAAGGCUCAGGUGACUAAAGAGGCAGUUUUGCCUAACCCAGACCCUGCGGCGGAUUCUGCGACAGCGGCUUUCAUCAGGGAGCGCACCCCGUACAUGGUGCCUACAUACGUGCGACCAGCUCCCGUAAUGAUUAGGGGACAAGGGUGUUAUGUUUGGGAUAUGGAGAACAGGCGGUAUCUCGAUCUCACCGCUGGUAUUGCCGUCAACUCUCUCGGCCAUUGUGACCCGGAAAUCGCAAAGAUUAUCGCAGAACAGGCCGAGACGCUUAUCCACGCCUCGAACCUCUACCAUAAUGCCUGGACUGGUGCCCUUAGCAAACUGUUGAUUGCAUUGACUCACGAAUCCGGCGCAAUGCGCGACGCUUCCCAAGUCUUCAUCUCUAACUCUGGAACCGAGGCGAACGAGGCUGCCAUAAAGUUUGCUCGUAAGGUUGGUCGGUCUCUUGAUCCCUCUGGAGCCAAACACGAAUUCGUCUCCUUCCACAACUCUUUCCACGGCCGCACGAUGGGAGCCCUCUCCGCUACACCCAACCCCAAGUAUCAGACUCCUUUCUCACCUAUGGUGCCCGGCUUCAAGUACGGCAACUACAAUGACAUUAAGCAACUUCAGGAGCUCAUCACGGACAAGACUUGUGGUGUUAUUGUGGAGCCUAUCCAAGGAGAAGGCGGUGUUAAUACCGCGACUCCUGAGUUCCUUGCGGCUCUUCGCAAGCGGUGUGAUGAGGUUGGAGCUGUGCUCAUCUUUGAUGAAAUUCAAUGUGGUCUAUCUCGAACCGGCUCGUUCUGGGCUCAUGCUCACACCUCACUGAAGCCUGCAUCGGGCGAAGCCGCCCACCCUGAUAUCCUCACCACGGCCAAAGCUCUCGGUAAUGGUAUCCCCAUUGGCGCUACCAUAAUAUCUGGCAAGACUGUUGCGGAGCACAUUAAGACAGGUGAUCAUGGCACUACUUUCGGAGGCAACCCGCUCGCGUGCCGGGUUGCUCAUCACAUCGUCGAGCGCCUCGCCUCGCCGGAGUUGCAAAAGUCUGUAGAAGCCAAGUCCUCUUUGUUUGUGUCUGGAUUCCAGAGCCUUCAGAAGAAGUAUCCCGGUGUUAUCUCUGAGAUUCGCGGCCGUGGUUUGAUCCUGGGCGUUCAGCUGUCCAAGGUGCACACAGCCAAAGCGUCGGACCUGAUCACCGCAGCUCGUGAGCGAGGACUGCUGAUCAUUACUGCUGGUGAAGGGUGUCUUCGCUUCGUUCCUCCUUUGACUAUUACCGAGGAGCAGAUCAAGACAUCCCUGAAGAUCUUGGAGCAGACAUUCGAUGCUCUUUUCACAAAUGCAUAG